AUGUCCAAACCGGGCACCCCAUCCUCCAACACCCUCCUGCUGCGCAGGCAGCUUACCGAGCUCACCAAGCGCCCCGUGGAAGGCUUCUCUGCAGGUCUCGUUGACGAGAACGACCUGUACGAAUGGGAGAUUCUCAUUAUCGGGCCACCCGACACUCUCUAUGAAGGAGGUUUUUUCAAGGCACGGCUUAGCUUCCCCCCGGAGUUCCCGUUGUUGCCACCUAAGAUGCGCUUCAUCACUCCAAUGUGGCACCCCAACAUCUACGCAGAUGGUGUCGUGUGCAUAUCGAUUCUGCAUGCGCCAGGGGAGGAUCAAUAUGGAUACGAAGAUGCUGGCGAACGGUGGAUGCCUGUUCAUACUGUCGAGUCCAUCCUCAUCAGCGUCAUUUCCCUCUUGUCAUCCGAAACCCCGAAUCUCGACUCGCCGGCAAAUAUUGAAGCGGCUAUCGAGAUUCGUAAAGAUCUCGCAGGAUACAAGAAGAAGGUCCGACGGCUAGCGCGCCGAAGCGCUGAGGAGGCAUUUGAUUGA